AUGAAUUCAAUACAUCUUUUAAGUAUUUUACCUUUUAUAGGUAGUUCAAUUAUUUUUGUUUUGUAUUGUAAGAAUUGGUGCUUAGGACUUAUAAAGGUCUUUAUUGUUUCUGAAAGCAUUGCAACAUUCUCAUCUAAGUCAAAAACUUUUCUAUCUGAGCUUAUCAAUCUAACUGUAUUAUUUUUUCUACGUUCAGGAUUUCUCAUGCUAUGUGUUUUGAUAUCUUUACUUUUAAAUAUAUUUGUUUUGAAUUUAUUUAAACAAAUAUAA